UUCGUUCGCCUCGCCCUGGUCUUUCGCCCCACCUUCAUCUUUCUUCCAUCCAGCCGCCCCGCCGACAAUGUCCUACACCCGAAAGGCAACCUUUGCUCCCCAACCCUCCACUGUCCGCGGACAGGCCGUCCAUCUCGGCGGCGAUCCCAAGGGUGCCAACUUCCUGUACACCAACGGCCGAGCUGUCAUCAUCCGAAACCUCGAGAACCCUGCGAUUGCCACCGAGUAUUCCGGCCACAGCGCUCAAGCCACCGUCGCUCGCUAUGCUCCCAGCGGAUACUACAUCGCCUCUGGAGACGUCAACGGCAACAUCCGAGUCUGGGACACCACCCAGGCCGAGAACAUCCUCAAGACCGAGACCAAAGUCUUUGCCGGCCGCGUCAACGACAUCUGCUGGGACCAUGAGAGCAAGCGAAUCAUUGCCGUUGGUGAUGGCCGUGAAAGAUUUGGUCAUGCCUUCACCUUCGACAGCGCCUCCUCGGUCGGCGAGAUCAGCGGCCACAGCAAGGUCAUCAAUGCCUGCUCGAUCCGCCAGGAGCGCCCCUUCCGUGCCGUCACCUGCUCAGACGAUAUGACCGUCAACUUUUACCACGGCGUGCCUUACAAGUUUGUCAAGUCAAUCACCGACCACACUCGUUUUGUCCAGUGCGUCCGGUUCUCGCCCAACGGCAGCCACUUUGUUUCGGCUGGCAUGGACGGCAAGAUCUUCCUCUACGAUGGAAAGGAAGGCAACCGAGUCGCCGAACUCAGCGCUGCCCCCAACAGCCACACCGGCGGUGUAUUCUCGGUCUCGUGGAGCCCCGACAGCACCCAGCUCCUGUCGUCCUCUGCCGAUGGCACCGUCAAGCUCUACGAUGUUGCUGCUCAGCAGGUUGUUAGCACUUUCUCCCCCAGCGACGCUCCCGGCAUCAACGACCAGCAGGUCGGCAAUCUGUGGCAGGGCCAGCACCUUAUCAGCUUGUCGCUCUCUGGCGACAUCAACUACUUUGACCGCAGCGUUCCCGGCAAGCCCUCCCGCGUGGUCAAGGGCCAUCAAAAAGCCAUCACUGCCAUCACAUUUGCCGAAGAGUCCAAGACGCUCUUCACUGGCAGCUACGAUGGCCGUGUGCAUGCCUGGACCGAUGGUCGCGAUGGUGGCCUCGAUAUUGCUGGCGCGGGCCACACCAGCCAAGUCAGCGUCCUCGCCAGCAGCAAGGGCAAGAUCUACUCGAUUGGUCUGGAUGACAUCACACGAUGCAUCGAUGUUCAGCAGCAAUCUUAUGACGCUUGGACCCGCUCCACUGGCUCCCAGCCCAAGGGCCUCGCUGUCCAUGGCGACGUUGCCGUCACUUCGACGAUCGAUCAGACCCUUACGGUCACCAAGAACGGUGCCCAGACCGGCUCCUUGAAGGUCGACUACAGUCCCUCGGUCGUUGCCAUCUCUCGCGACGGAGUCGAGCUAGCGGUUGGCAGUGCCGAUGACAACAAAAUCCGCUUCUACCGCAUUACCGGCGGGGGUCUCGAGGUCUCGGCGGCCCCUGUGGCCCACGUCGAAGGCAACCGCGGCCCCGUCACGGCGCUUUCGUACUCGCCCGAUGGCCAGUUCCUGGCCGCUGCCGACUCGCAGCGGGCCGUCUUUGUGUACGAAACCAAGACCCGGACCGUCAAGAUUCAUCAGUGGGUUUUCCACACCGCCCGCGUCAACUCGAUUGUGUGGUCGCCGGACAGCCUGCACGCGGCGUCCGGCAGUCUCGACACCAACGUCGAGGUCUGGAGCGUCGCCAACCCCAUGAAGCACAUCAGCAUCAAGGGUGCCCACCUCGAGUCGGUCAAUGGGGUGGUGUUCUUGGACAACGACACGAUUGCCUCUGCUGGCCAAGACUCCAGCAUCAAGAUUUGGUCUCUCAAGCACUUCUAGAUUCCCAGCCAAGGAUCCAAAGGCUGGCCAUGUGGAGCCCCUCCACCGCUUGGCGAUUUUGGGCUGCGAGACCUGUCUGACCAGGGUCGAUUUCAGGAUCUGGGCGCAAUCUGCCGGGAUACUCAGGCGCAUUGAAAUACAGCACGCCGUCUUUGCCAUCCGUGA